AUGCAGAAGCUGCAGUCGCCCAGUUCAAGUUCUCCCAAAGAGGCUGGUCUGUCUCGUGAAGGACGCCCCGGAGGUCUCUCGAGCGAGGCUGACAGCGAGCACCCGCAGCAGCGCGCUCUGUCUCCUUCCGCUUUUUCCUCGUCCACGACUGUGCCGUCUUCGCGGGGUGCACACAGAGAGAACGAGGAAAGGACACUCGCCGCUCCACCCAGCAAUGCGGCUUCGGACAAGCAAACAGGAGCGGGAUUUCUCGGUCGCGUCUCUCAGUGGACUUCCCUGGCUUCACUGCGCACUACAGGAGCGGAGACAACAAAUGAGGCACACGCUAGUGGCAUGGAGGCAGCUGCCGCCCAAGCCAAGUCGGGUGUCUCUGCAGCUGCUCGGGUCGCCUCCUCCUGGGGUCGGUGGAUUUCCCAGGCAACAAGUGGACUCGUCGAAGAACUGCAAGCUGAAAUGGCUGUCUCUGAAGAGCUGAAGGAGUUUUGCGGGACUAUCUCCAGGGAUUCGCAACGGUGGAUGGAGGAACACCAGACGGUCUUCCCCCACCUCACCUCUUCCACUUCUGCAUCUUCUACCUCUGCUGGUUCUGCGCAUUCGCGAUCGAGGCUUCCCAGUGUACGAGGCUGCUUAGCUCCCGUGUCCGCUGGAGAGGAGAGAGAGCUCGGACGAGCCCCUUCGUUUCCCAGUCGGCAGGCUGAAACAUCUGUCUCUCUUUCGUCUUCAAACGCGUCCCAAACGACGGGUUCUCAGCCUGCGUCUCGCGCCGAUUCAUCUCUGGCCGCAGCGCAGCCGCCUCCGCCGCCGCCGGCUGCUGCCUUGUCUUCCGCCGCUGGCCUCGCGUCCCUGCAGUCCUCUCGACCGCCUUCCCUCGAAGAGUCAAGUGAACCUCUCGAUCGCGAGAAAGGCUCUCUGGAGCCCCAAACCUCUCCUGCUAUGGAAAGCGUUUAUUCGCGUUUUUCGUCUCUCCUUUCUUCCACGUCUUUGCUGGUCGCGACUGCCAGCGACACGGCGAGGAACGUAGCUCGAGGCUUAACUGGAAACUCCCCAGAGGCGGCCGGAGAGAGAGAACGCUCAGGACAAAGCGGUCAAGAAGAACAAAGGUGGAGGGAGUUGAAGACGGAGAGGGAAGAAGCUGGAGGACGCGAGUCGGUCUUGCCGCUCAAGCCCUUCUUCGGAACAGCGGGCGCUGAGAGGGAACCUUCGUGUCCACUCGCAGACCUGGAGCGGAGGCUGCCUCCGGUCAUUGCACGAGGCUCGUCGGAGUUGCGCCGGCAAUACGCUGCCCUCAUUCGAUCGCCCGCGACUUUCCUCGAGGAUCCCACAGGCCAUCUCGUCUCUCUGUCUCGUGUCCCUGUCUCGCCACCUUCGUCCUCGGCCGCGAGGCAGUUGAACGCCUCGGAGAGCGAGACGGCUGCGGAACGGGCGGCCGCUUGUUCGUCUCCGUGCUCCUUUCCGCUUCCUCUAGAGGCCAGCUGGGAGGCAGGGCUGGCCGCAGAGAGAGAGAAACGCGAAGGCGCUUCUCCCGUUCAAGAGUGUCUGUUUUCGCCCAGUCACAGAGAGGAAGACGCGGCACCCGACUUUGCAGCUUUCCACGUCGAGGCCUACGACGAUCUUCUCGACUUCUUUCACAACCCCCAAGUCAUGGAGAUGCGGAGGCAACUCGUCCCCCAUCGCGUCGAAGAGUCGCUCUUCUGGCGUCGUCUGCUCUUCCGCGUUCAGCUUCUUUGCCAAGAUUGCUCUCGAUCUGAUUCCGCGUCACGCGCGCGCGUGUGCGAAGGCGAGGCGAAAGAGAGUUUCAGUGAGAUUUCCAGGGACAAGAAGGAAUUCUCUACUGGAAUGCGAGAGGCAGAACCGAGCAGCCCGCGGCCAGUCCCACCUCACGAACCACCUUCCAGCUUAGGAAUUCCCCGGGGGUCGGAAAUGCGGGGACUGAUGGCGGAGCUAGACGAAGAAGACAUUGCCUGGGACGACGACGAGACGGGGGACUCACAGGAAGCGACGGAGGGGGGCAAUCCCCUUGCUUCCGUAUUUUCCUCUUUGAGAGGGCCAACGCUAUCUCCUGAAUCGGAACCCGGCUCUUGCCUUCAGAACGAAAGUCCACGCGCUGCUCUUCUGGCAGUCGAGGUUUCUUCCUCUUCGUCUCCGACGUCUCCCUCUUCUUCCUUAGCUUCGCCUCCGCUCUCGUCUCUCUCUGAAACGCCUCGAGUCUCUUCUGCCGCUCCUCACCCUCCGCAGUCUUCCACUUCCCCUGAGCCGCAUCAAACACUCGAAGUCGCCUCCACCCUUUCAUCCCCGCUCGUCAGCGUCCCGAAAACCCAUUCACCUCUCCCCCCGGCUUCUCCUUCCGAUUGUCCCCCUGCUGCCGUUUGUUCGUUCUCAGCUGCCUCUUCCACCCAGUCGGCACUUCAGCCGUGUCCGAACGGCGGGCUGCCUGUUCAUCUCGGUUCAGCGGCGCGUCCCGGCUCUCGUGCGCAGACGACGGACGCGGAGGUGAAAUUAGAGAGGGACGCGCUGCAGGAUGCAUCUUCAACAAACCUCGGAGCUUGCCUCCCACGUCCGUCGUCCGAUUCAGGACGGAGUGCAUGUACACUCGAGAGGCCGGCUGCGACAGAAACACAGCUGCCUUUGGAGCACGGUUUCCACGUUGUCGUGUCGGAGGCCAGGUUUCGGGGGUGCGAAAGAGAGGCCCAAAGGCCUGGAAAUCAGACACUUGAGUCAGACGGAGGCGACGAAGAGGACGCCGUCAUCGGCGAUGGGUGGGACGACGCAGGACUCGUCAUUCUGUAG